UCUCCUUGGACGGUUACUUUUCUUAACGUCCUUUUCUUUCGAACCCUGCGGCCGUGGUUUCGCGUCGUUUCCCCAAUCCCUCUCUUUGGUUAACCCUAAGCCCGAUUGUUGCCGUCGGGAGAUCGGAGGAGAGGUGCUGUUGGGUAGGAUGACGAAGCUCUAUGUGGAGGCGGUGCAGCCGGCGGAUCUGAACAAGAACACGGAGUGGUUUAUGUACCCCGGGGUUUGGACCACCUACAUCCUCAUCCUCUUCUUCUCCUGGCUUCUCGUGCUCUCCCUCUUCGGCUGUGCACCUGGGAUGGCCUGGACGUUUGUCAAUCUUGCCCAUUUUGCUAUAACUUAUCACUUUUUCCACUGGAAGAAGGGAACCCCCUUUUCAGAUGACCAGGGCAUUUACAACAGUUUGACUUGGUGGGAGCAGAUGGAUAAUGGAAAACAGCUUACCCGGAAUAGAAAAUUCUUGGCUGUCGUCCCUGUGGUUCUGUACUUAAUAGCUUCACACACAACUGAUUACCGGCAUCCAAUGCUUUUCCUCAACACCGUUGCCGUGACCGUACUGGUCGUCGCCAAAUUGCCUAACAUGCACAAAGUUCGUAUUUUCGGUAUCAACGCCGGCCAUUGAGCAGCAGCAGCUCUUUGUCAAAAGAUGGUGCCAGUCAUACUGUAUCCUAGUGGUUCUAUGUUAGAAAGAAAUCCCUGUACAAAAUAAAAUAUAUAUAGAAACAAAUCGUAUGGUGAUGUUUUCUGAUACAUGGGGGUCUGUAAAGAAGAGAAGCAGAGAGAGAAGAUUGUCGAUAUCGUCUUGUUGUCUGCACGAAUCAGUUUUUUCUUUCCUUCUUUA